AUGGGGAAGGAGGAACCGGGGGCAGGCGGCAUGGCGUGGGCGAAGUUCGGCAAGGAGGAAUGGGGGAGGUACUUUGGACUGGUGCCGGACGAGCCGGCGCUACCUAGGAGGAUCAAGGCGCUCAUGGGCGCCUCCUGCCCCAUCUGGAAAGGAAAGAAAGUUUGCGAGACCCACCUUCUCGUGCUGGUUCCUUCCACCCUCAACAGCAGGAGGAUGUGCAUGAACCUCAUGGCGGAGGUGAUGCAGGCGCCCAAGGAAGGGAACGCCUGCAGCAUCAGAUACUACUGGGACAAGAUGAAGGCGCAGCGCGGGCUAGAGGGCCCCGAGGCCUGCUACUGGAUCCUCAUCGCAAAGGAUAUCCUUCCCAGGAGCACCAACAAGCUCUACCAGGACCAGCAGGCGCUGGCGCGAGCGCUGCAGGUGGAGCUGGUGCAGCCAGAGGACAUCAAGCUCGUUCAGGGCGCGUCAUACCUCCAGAACAGCCCGUACAAGAUGCCGACGGCGUUGGAGAUGGUGAUCACUAUGGUGCUAUGGUACGCGAGCACAGGAGAGAGGCUGUUGAAGGAGACGAGCGAAGAGGAAGGGGGCAAGCAAAGCUGGACCAACACAAGAUGCAGAGACGAGCUGCUUCAUGGGUGUCCCAUAGUUGUUGGAAGCUUUCGAGAGAGCGGCAUGUGUGUGUACGACUAUCACAGCUGCGGCACCGACGUCGGAGGAGGAGUGGUAGUCUGCAUGAAGCUCGAUGACAUCAAAGAGCUCAAAUGA